GAAGAGUCUAGAGGUCGAGGGGGUGCUGCUAGCAGGGAGCCUGUGCAGAGGAAGAGGCUAGAGACCCGAAAGAGAGGAAUAAAAUGGAAGGCACGUUGAGCAGACUGGAAGUCCGCACUCCAGUUUUUGACAAGAAAACGGAAACGUAUUCUGUGGAGAAGGAAAGACGUCGGAUGCGUGUCCAUGAGAACUUCAGAGACCCCGCCUUGGAGAGUGAACAGCCUCACAGAACGAAGAGUAAGCACAAGAGAAAAGAUCGCCAGUUUCCCGCUUCUCCUCGAGAACAAUCGGAACCCAGUGAUGGGACUGAAAAGGCCUCUCCCACAGCCAAAAAGAGGAAAAAGGGGAGGUCAUCGGGGGCGCAGGGCGACGCGGGCAUCGUGUACGUCAUGGUGGAUAAAGAAAACAUUGAGGACACGCCGAAGGGUGUUAGGAAGGACGUCGACAUCGUCUACAUUGACGUGAGCAAGGAGCGGGCAUCGGCCAAGGAGCCCGGAGCCCGGCCACGGCACGCAGUUGCCAAGCGACGUGGAAACGAGCCGGAAGAAGCACAUCAUGAGGUCAGGAAGGAAAAGAAGCGCCGGAAGGAAGCUGCGUCCUGCGAUGAUGAUGAUGAUGCUGGGCAAGGGGGCCGUGGCGCCAGCGCCGGCCUGCCUCAGCCGCAGCCGCAGCCCCGUCCCCUGCUUCCCGUGCCCAGCGAAGGCCCGGGCGCGCCACCGCUGGGGGCCGCCCGAGAAAGGAAGUCCAAGAAAAGAAAGAGGGAGACUUCCCACAGCCAGGAGUCCGAGCGUCCUGAGACCGGGGGCUCCGAGGGCCGGCAAGCGGCCCACGACGCAGGCGCUUCGGAAGGCAGGGGGGAACCCCGAAAGUUAAAGAAAAGGGCCAGGAAAAGGAGGCGAAGGUCUGCUGGCGACAGUGCCCCCUCGCCGGGCGGCGGUUGUUCGGGCCGCCCCGUGAGCUGUGAGCGCCCGGACGUGCCCCCCGAUCCACCGGAAGGUCGCGGCUCCUUGGCUGAGGACGGCGCGGCAGCCCGGCCGCCAGAGGAGCAGACGCAGGCGCGCUCGGGGGAGGCGCAGAGGUCAGGACCUGCCGAUAAAGACAGCGGCUUGGAAUCAUCGGCGAAAGACUCCGAGGCGCCGUGUUUGUCUGAAGACUCGAGAGACUCGGACGCAGCUGACGUGGACGUGGACGUGGACGUGGACCUGGACGCCGCCGUGCGGCAGCUCCGCGAGUUCAUCCCCCGCAUCGGGGACAGGGCCGCCACCACGAUUAAGCGCAUGUACCGCGACGACCUGGGGCGGUUUAAGGAGUUCAAGGCGCAGGGUGUCGCCAUUAGGUUCGGCAAGUUUUCUGUGAAGGAAAACAAGCAGUUAGAGAAAAACGUGCAGGAGUUUCUGGCCCUGUCGGGAAUUGAGAGUGCGGACAAGCUGCUGUACACGGACAGGUACCCGGAGGAGAAAGCCGUGAUCACCGACUUGAAGAGAAAACACGCCUUCCGCCUGCACAUCGGUAAGGGCAUCGCGCGGCCCUGGAAACUCGUGUACUACCGGGCGAAGAAGAUGUUCGACGUCAACAAUUACAAGGGCAGGUACAGCAAAGAGGACACCAAGAAGCUAAAGAUAUACCACUCCCUGCACGGCAACGACUGGAAGAAGAUCGGGGACCUGGUGUCCCGAAGCAGCCUCUCUGUCGCCCUGAAGUACUCCCAGAUCAGCAGCGAAAGGAACCACGGCGCCUGGAGUAAGACGGAAACCCAGAAGCUAAUCAAGGCUGUGGAGGAAGUGAUUCUGAAGAAAAUGUCUCCCCAGGACCUAAAAGAGGUAGAUUCUAAGCUGCAGGAAAACCCCGAAGGCUGCCUGUCGAUUGUCCGGGAGAAACUCUACAAGGGCAUAUCUUGGGUGGAAGUCGAGGCGAAAGUAGAGACCAGGAAUUGGAUGCAGUGUAAAAGUAAGUGGACGGAGAUCCUGACCAAGAGGAUGACCAACGGUCGGGACGUCUACCGGGGAGUCAACGCGCUGCAGGCCAAGGUCAACCUGAUCGAGAGACUGUAUGAAAUAAACGUGGAAGACGCUAAUGAAAUAGACUGGGAAGAUCUUGCCAGCGCCAUCGGGGACGUUCCUCCGUCUUACGUGCAAAGUAAGUUUUACAAGCUGAAGGCCACCUGUGUUCCCCUCUGGCAGAAGAAGACCUUCCCAGAGAUCAUAGACUACCUGUAUGAGACGAGCCUGCCCCUGCUCAAGGAGAAGCUGGAGAAGAAGAUGGAGGAGAGAGGCCGGGAGCUGCAGACCCCCGCGGCACCGAAGCAGGUCUUCCUGUUCCAAGACAUCUUCCGCUGUGACGAGGACAGCGACGGGGAGGAUGGAGCUGGGGGGAGCUAAGGGGGUGCCGGGCGCUUCUCGCCCUCUCUCUGCGCUUGGUCGUGUUUGCUUACGUGUGCCAGCGAAGCUGUUCCCAGUGUGGGCAGUUUGAGAAGACACAGAGGGCGCAGACGCGACAGCGGGGGUUGUGGAGCUUUGGGAACGGACGUCACCAGGUUCAAGUUUGCCUGGAAAGGAAGAGGAGCACGGGCGUUGAUUUCACACUCCGGUCACGUUGACAACGACGGCAGCUGACGCUGCUUCUGGAACCACAGAACCCCAAGUCCCCUAGCAACGGAGGGUGGCCGCGUCCUGUAAACACUUCCUUGCCAGGGGGCCGCUGUGCGCGUCCCAGCACGGUGAGAGCGCCCCAGCUCCGGGGGCUCGCCCGUUGCGCUUCCGGCCCCGCCCCGCUGCUGAGGCCGCGCUCUGGCUCUCGGCGACCACGUGUAGGUGAGCGUCAGCGGGAAGUGGUGGGCGCGGCGUUUCCUCGGCUGCUUUCAGUUCCUGCCCGAGUGGCGCCCGUGCAGCUCGUCUGCCCGGGCAGCCUCCCGGUGGGCAAGUGGGUGAGCUCUUCUCACAGGACGCCCUCUCCGAGCCAGUCUUGGAACCCGCCUGGAGGCCGCCCGCGGGGGAGAAGCCCGCACCGUCUUCCAUUCUUCCAGAGAAACUGGCUCUUAGACGGGGAAGCUGCGGUGCGGGUCUCGUGCACCCUCGGGCCCCCGGGAGUCGCAAGGGCUCCCCUGUCGGUCAGGAAAGCAACACACUUCAGGUGCUGCAGGCAGGGAGGGACUCCUGUGGGGUCCGGGCGCCGGCGGGUGCUCCCCCGGGAACUCUGGGCUGCCUGGAGUUCAUGCCGCUCUGUCCCUUCUCGGUCCUUCUCCGCCACGCCGCCUCAGCCAGAACAUGUGUCUCCCAUGGGCAGCCCCUGAGCAGGACCCAGCUGGGCAGGGAAGCCGCGUUCCAGGCUCCUCGCCGCAGCGGCACGAGGCAGCGAGUGUACAGGAGGGACAGUGGGGGUAAGCCACGUCCCGUGCACAGUGACGCCCCUGUCUGCGCCAGGGUGCAGCCCCAAUGUCCCCCAAGUGUUCUCCCCAUCAUCACUUGAGUUACAUCACACUGUGACGUUGGUUAACUCUCUACAAAGCUAGACAUUUUCCCAAACCGGCCAUGGCUGAGGAAGGGAGAACACAGACAAACCAGCCUCAGGGUCCCGGGUCCCCAGACUCUCCCCAGAACCCCAAACAGCACUGUGCAAAUGCAGGCACUCAAUAAAUACUCAGUGAGCAAAAGUGUUUUCUUUUUAGAAAGCGUUUUGCCUUCUGUCACUCCUCUCUCAAACACGCCAGCCUCCGUGCGCAUGGGGAUGUGAAUUGUGUGUUCCUUUGGCAAACAGUCUGGUGAGAUGCCGCGGACCUUUGAGAAUGUACGUAUUCUGUGAUCCAGGAGUUUCACCUCCAGAACCUAAUGAAGUACUAGAACCAGUAUAUGAGAAUGGCACCUUUACCAUGUGAAAAACAGACAAAAAAUGUAAAUGUUUCUUAAUAGGAAACUUGUUAAGUAACAGUAUAUUCCUAGAAUGGAAUAUUAUGCAAUAAUGUUAAAUGCUGACAGAUUUGGUUAACACAAAAAGAGGUGAACAGUAUUGUCAACUGAGAUAUUUCAGAAGAGUUUAUAUAUUUUCUCAAUUUUGUAAAAUAAGAAAAUGAAAUGUGUGUAUAUCGGUAUAUUAAAAUAUGUGGGAAGCAUCGAA